AUGGAUGAGUCCCCUGCCGCUCCAGGCCUGGACGCCAUACCGCUUGAUAAGUUGAAGGAAGAAUACCUUCGACGAUCGUGUGGGAGCAAAAAGACGAGCUCAUAUAACACUUCAGCCCACGUUGCUGCGUUAUUUCUCAUAUUAGCUCUCAGCACCUUUGCAUGUGCAUUCCCUAUAAUAGCUCGCCGAUUCCCCAGAUUACCUAUCCCCCGUCGAUUUCUCUUUUUAUCACGACAUUUUGGAACAGGAGUGCUUAUAGCCACUGCCUUCGUACACCUACUACCUACCGCAUUCAUAUCCCUAACAAGCCCAUGUCUACCGCGAUUCUGGAACAAGGGCUAUCCUGCCUUUGCGGGACUGGUUGCUAUGGUUGCUGUACUUAUGGUGGUGUGCAUAGAAAUGUUCUUUGCAAUGAAGGGCGCCGGCCACGUCCAUGGGUCCGAGUACGACACACUUAUCGGCGAGAUGAGCCAUGAUCAUGGCUAUGAUGAGCAUACCGUACAUGCAGAUGGUCGAGAUCAUGAGCAUGGAACAUCCGUCCCGCUGGGGAAAGUACGCCGGAAUCCGCCCGUGAACGGAUUAAUGAUAAGCCCUUCGACAGAGAACCUGGUUGAGGGAGCCAGUCCGCUCAUGCCAAAUGGUAGUGGAAGCAAUCAACACGGCAAAGAAGCAGAUAACGGCCAGACAAGUGAUGAGGAAGAUCUCGACCUUGAAGAGCUCGAUCCGCAGCCUGAUGAUAAUGAGUCUGACAUCGUACCCAUUUCCAGACGACGAGGACAUGGCCAUGCACACCACGGCAACCUAUCACACAGUCAUGACCCGAACAUGAGUAAGCAAAAUGCUCAAAAGCAGCUCCUUCAAUGUCUACUUCUUGAAGCCGGCAUACUCUUCCACAGUAUAUUUAUCGGUAUGGCUCUCUCCGUGGCCACGGGAGCAAACUUCCUCGUCCUGCUAGUUGCUAUAUCUUUCCAUCAGACAUUUGAAGGCUUUGCUCUCGGAGCACGCAUAGCUGCCUUGAUACCAGCUUUAUUCCCCGCCUCAUCACCUAAACCGUGGCUUAUGGCACUUGCGUACGGUGCAACCACCCCUAUAGGCCAGGCUAUCGGGCUAGGGGUACAUAAUUUAUAUGACCCCGCGAGCACUACGGGUCUGCUUAUGGUUGGCCUUACGAAUGCGUUCAGUAGUGGACUUUUACUGUUUGCCGGUUUGGUGGAGCUACUGGCUGAGGAUUUCCUGAGUGAUAGAAGUUAUGAAGUUUUGCAAGGAAGAAACAGGCUUGAAGCCUGUCUUGCCGUUGCUGCUGGUGCAUCGCUAAUGGCAUUAGUUGGGGCUUUUGCAUAG